CAAGCAUCCAAAGCUUGUUUGUUCACUUCUCAAAAUCUGAAAUUACGGAAAUUUCAAAUAAAUGUAGGCGCAAAAUCACCCGCCAUUUCCAAAUCUCUUGUUGAAUCUUGAUUCUUGAUUCCCUAAACAAUCUUUAAGACCCGCCAUUUCUAAAUCUCAAACCUAAACAAUUGCGGAAUUCCAUUUUAUCCCAAUUCCCAAUUUCAAAUUUCGAAACUACUCAUAUUGUUUUUUGAAUGUACUUUAAUGGCGCCCUUCAAGUCCUACAAAUUAUGAGUAUGACCUAUUCUUUCACUUCCAUUGUUUUUCUUCGUGUUCUUCUGCUGUUCUACUUGUUUUCUCUCUCUUGUUCCUCUCUCCUAAUUUAUCAAUGGCGAAUCAAGAGAAUUCUAUGAGGGUUACUAGGUCUAAGAAAAGAGCUUCGGAAGCUAUGGCUGAGAAUCAGCAACAACCCCAAAAGAAAAGGGUUGUUUUGGGUGAAAUUUCGUCGAAUAUUUUGGGGACUUCUACUGUACGGCCAUGCGUACAACCUCGUACAAGAGCUCGUUCUAGAAAAGCAACGAAACCAGUCAGCACUGCUCCGAUUCCAGUGUUGGAAACUACGCCGGAAGAGGAUGUUGUGAGUUUAGGAAAUGUUUCUUCUCAUGAUGUUGAUUCCAUUUCUGAUGAUCCUCAGUUGUGUGGAACCUAUGUUUCUGGGAUUUAUGAAUAUCUUCGUAACAUGGAGCAGCAAGAGAAGAGAAGGCCAUUGCCGGAUUACAUGCAGAAGAUCCAGAAAGACGUGAGUGCAAAUAUGAGAGGAAUACUGGUAGAUUGGUUAGUAGAACUUGCUGAAGAAUUCAGAGUCGUUUCAGAUACACUUUACUUGACUAUUUCCCAUAUUGAUCGAUAUUUGUCUUACAAACCUCUUAAUCGACAAAGACUUCAGCUUCUUGGUGUUUCUGCUAUGCUUAUUGCUUCGAAGUAUGAAGAAAUAGAUCCUAAACCCCUGGAGAAGUUUUGUGAUAUGACAGAGAAUACCUAUACCAAACAAGAGGUGGUAGAUAUGGAGGCUGAUGUGCUCAAAACCCUUAACUAUGAAAUGGGUAAUCCAACUCUAAAGACAUUCCUCAGGAGGUUCAAUAGAGUUGCUCAAGGAGACACUAAAAAUCCUAAUUUGCAAUUGGAAUUCUUGACUUACUACCUAGCUGAAUUGAGUUUGCUAGACUAUGGUUGUGUGAAGUUCUUACCUUCUAUGGUAGCUGCAGCAGUUGUUUUUCUUGCAAAGUUCACUAUUAACCCUCAAAUGCACCCUUGGGAUUUGGAAUUGCAAGAGUUCACUAGAUAUAAACCUUCCGAUCUAAAAGAAUGCGUUCUUCGGAUCCAAGACUUGCAACUAAAUAGACGAGGAGCGUCUUUGGUAGCUGUUAAAAACAAAUACAAGCAGCAUAAGUAUAAAUGUGUUUCGACAUUGACAUCCCUAUUGGAGAUACCUGCUUUUUACUUUGAGGAAGUUGCUAAAUGAUAGUUCCCUAGAAAAAGAGAUCUUUGCAUAUCGGUUCUUGCUGCCUUAAAAGCUCAUCGUAAAGUGUAGAAUGCUGCUAUCCCUAGAUCUACAUCAUUGCCUAAUUUUUCAAUCUUUCUGCACUCUUGAUGGUUGGAUAGCUAGUUUCAACUGUCAAAUGACUUUUGACGUCAAUUGGAAUCUUUAACACCGCCAUGUUUUUAUGAUCGAUGAAGCUAAAGAAGUUGGCUGUGGUUCUGUACAGUAGCAUGCUGCUUAUGUAAACUUAGAUGGUGACGGUAGGUGAUAUGUUUAGUGUACAAUUGAAAUCGACUGAACUCAGUGUUUGAUCGGAGUGUAUGACGAAUAGGAGUUCCAAUUUUGCCGCAUCUUGUUUUUAAAUGCUCUAUCAAUUGAAAUUCUAGAUCAUUUGUAAGAUUCGGUUCAUAUUACAUGAAAUUAGUAUACAUUUUGGAAUAUUCAAACUAAAGAUUCUUAAUGUAUGUGAUUAUGAUUUAUAGCCCUU